CCUCACCCAGAUAAGUUCAGCAGCAGAUGGAGCCCUAACACCAGCAGCUCUCGCAGAUGAAAGUGAGACUUCCAGCGGGGUUUAUGAGCAGUUUCACCGCCGACAUACUGUCAGAGUGAGUGAGGAAGAGGCACAUAAAUGCAGAGCAGCAUUCUCUGACGGUGGAUAGUAAUUGUUUCUAUUUCAGGGCAGGAGCUCCUCGCGCUGCAGCGGCUAACCUACAGUAACAGCGGCGCGCGCUUUGGCGGUUGGAACACCACUUUUGCUGAUAUUACAGUAAACCGUCCGCUAACUGUUACUAUAACGACCAGUUUACUAAGAACAACGUCGUCGAGGAUGACAAGGACACAUUCACAGACGACGUUUACAGCUGCUGUCUGAUUUCCUCCGGCAUCGAGUCGACCUUACAUUUUAACAUGUGUCGCUUCUGAACUUCACAGCCUGAAAAGGCUAUUGACUUCACACAUACCUAUGUUGGAGAAAGUCAGGAUUCAUCUGGGAGCAACUUACCAAUUCAGGACAGAUUGAGGAACAGAAGUCUAAAGGCUCCCACAUACUCGGGUGUACUUCACUCCACAGAGGUGCACGCGUACUCCAAGCAGACUCAAAGUGGGCGUCUGCCAGACACGUCUGUGCAAAGUGGAUGUGAUCCUCAGCAGUCAGAGUUGGCCAUUCGAAGGGUCAAGCCCAUGGAUCUGACUGUAACUCACAGGUUGUUACAUCCACGUCCAGAUUCGGCCAUGCUGGCUCCACAGCCUUCAUUCUAUCUGGAACAUCUCACUGCUCAACAUUGCUCUCAGUUUUCCCAGCACCACUUGCAGUAUAACACUGAACAAAGACACAGAAAGAUGGAGGAGAAAAGAGAAGACCCACAGCAGCUGUUGCCAAAGAAUAAAAACGAACAGAGUGCUGUAGCUAGCAAACAUGUAAAGCAGAUUCUGCGUGAUCAUAUAAUCAUGAAGAAUCAGCCUCCUCAUGAUAGGGUUCCUGGCAGCCACUGCAGUACCUCUCCGGGAUACAGGCCACCCGUGCCUGACAUGUCCCUCAAGCCUCAACCUACACCUAGUGACCAGCGAAAGGACCUCGCCCUGCGAAGAACAGUAUCCGAGCCCACACUGAAGUGGAAGUUGAAGAAACUCAUCUCGACAAGGCCUAACCCGCUGCAACGGAAGAUCAGUGCCCCUCCUGAUGUCAAACAUAGGACAGAAAAUAUGGACUCUUCCCCAAGCAGAAGCAGCACUUCAGCAUCAGGCUGCAGCUCACCAAACGACACCCUCAUGUCAGACAACGGGUCUCUUUCACGGGCUCCUGAGUCAAAGAGGGUGCUGAUGAACAGUGGUAAUGUAGCCCACUUCGCUCUGCCUGCCAACCACACUGCAAUGCACAACAUCACUGCUGGACUUCCUGCUCAGGCUGACUUGCGUGUGACAAAGCCAGUGGCAGCAUUGACUUUGCAGUCUGUCUACGUCUCCCCUAUGUCUCAACGCUUGCAGCCAGUGUUCAUAUUUGAACCACACAUGGGGCUAAUGCACCAGCAGCUUGUUCCUCUUCAUAGUUUGAGUACCAUUCCUCAGCAACAGCAUCCUCACAUAUCCUCCUCGUCCAGAAGAGAAGGCUUAGUUGCCUUGGGCUCACAUCGACCUGUGGAGCGAGCGCAUUCAGAGCCUCUGCCUUACAGCCACUCAGUCCUGCCCCUGCAUGCCGGCCAUCACCCACACACCCACCAACAGCUCUCCCAGUUGUACCACAAGGCUGGAUUGGAAAGGUUUAAGCUGAGCACACAGCUGAGCAAGAUCCCGUCUGAGGACAUGGACGUGGAUGAGAGCGGAUCAGCAACAGGUUCUGGAACAGGGUCUUUGUGUGGCUCUGAAUUGGGCUCGCUGUCCGAAGACGGCCACCGCAGGAGAGAAAGCAAUGCCAGCACCGACUCAGUUUAUGACACGGAGUCCAUCACUUCCUCUCGGGAGAGCUUGAUUGAGACAUCACACCCUCUCAGUCAGAGGCAGGUAAUCCUCAGAUCAACUUUACAGCCAGAUGCGCUGGGAGUUCCUACCUUAAUUUGGCCUCAUCAGUCUCAUCAGCCUGUGAUUCGGAGCCGCUCUCUACCACCUUCCACCUCCCUGGCGCCUACUUCACAUGUACCCACCAUAGUACCCUCUAUGUCACUGUCCAGCCCUGCCAAAGAUGCCAAACUGAGUUUUACAACUGGUUUGGUUUAUGAUACCCAGAUGCAGAAGCACCAGUGCAUCUGUGGAGACAACAGCCGCCAUGCUGAGCAUGCUGGGAGAAUCCAGAGCAUCUGGUCUAGACUGCAAGAGAGAGGGCUUAAGAGCCAAUGUGAGUGCAUCCUCAGUAGAAAAGCCACCCGUGCAGAGCUGCUUUCCGUCCAUUCAGAAAACCACGUGUUAAUGGACAAUCAGAGGCGCACUGGAUCACGUACUUUUGUGGACCUACCAUGUGGAGGUGUGGGGGUGGACAUUGAUACAGUUUGGAAUGAGCAACACACAGCAGCUGCUUCCCAAGUAGCAACAGGAUGCGUCAUAGACCUGGCCCUUAAAGUGGCACAGAGAGAGCUGAAGAAUGGAUUUGCAGUGGUGAGACCUCCUGGACACCAUGCUACUCGUUCUUCUCCUCUGGGCUUCUGUUACUUCAACUCUGUGGCCAUCGCAGCCAAGCAGCUCCAACACAAACUCAGUGUCAGCAAGAUCCUCAUAGUAGACUGGGAUGUGCACCAUGGCAACGGCACCCAAGAGGCCUUCUAUGAUGACCCAAGCGUUCUGUAUAUCUCUCUGCAUCGCUACGAUGAUGGGAACUUCUUUCCUGGUAGUGGACAUCCAAAUGAGGUGGGUGUACGAGCAGGUAAAGGCUUCAAUGUCAAUGUGGGAUGGACUGGUGGUCUGGACCCUCCAAUGGGUGAUGCAGAGUACCUGGCUGCAUUCAGGGCUGUGGUGAUGCCUAUUGCCCACGAGUUUUCCCCGGACGUGGUCUUGGUCUCCGCCGGCUUCGAUGCUGUUGAAGGACACCAACCUUCAUUGGGAGGAUACACCGUCACAGCCAAGCUUUUUGGCUUCUUGACUCGUCAGCUGAUGUCGCUGGCAGGAGGCCGGGUCAUCCUCGCUCUGGAGGGGGGCCACGACCUCAAAGCCAUCUGUGAUGCCUCUGAAGCCUGUGUCAGCGCCUUGCUCGGCAUGGAGGUGGAGCCUCUGUCCCAGUCGCUGUUGGACCAAAAGCCCUGUGAGAAUGCGGUGCGCUCUCUGCAGAGAGUCGUCCAGAUCCAGGGUGAGUUCUGGCAAAGUGUGAGGGAUUCAGCCACGACCGUGGAUCUGUCCUACCUGCAGGCGCAGAGACACAGAUUCAGGCGAGACUCGGACAGCGAGGCGGUCAAUGCCAUCGCUUCGCUGUCAAUGGGGUCCCUCACAUCAGAAAGGAAACCGCUUGAAAGAAUGUGAAGAAAAAAAAGACCCAUCUGAGGACAGAGCAACCCAAUUAAAGCUUUCAACUCAGA